AUGCUGUUGAACGUGAGGAACUUCUUCGGUAUUGCAAAACUAACAGGGAGCAGCAAGCUGCUGCUGCGACAGUUUUGGUUCACUGCUGGCAAUCUGUGGGAACUUUCUCUGGUUAGCAGAGAUGAUAGAAAAGCAAGUUUGGAAGACAGGUAUGGGCCACCAGUUCAAAUGAAUGUUCAUCUGAAAGGUCGUGAUCUCCUUACUCUACAGAACUACACAGCGGAUGAACUGAAGUAUUUGCUAUGGAUGGCCUCAGAUUUGAAACAAAGGAUAAAGCACAAAGGAGAGUAUUUGCCUUUGAUGCAAGGCAAAUCUUUGGCCAUGAUUUUUGAGAAGAGAAGCACAAGGACAAGAUUAUCUGCAGAAACAGGAUUUGCUCUUCUUGGAGGACAUCCUUCCUUCCUUACAAUACAAGACAUACAUCUGGGCACUAAUGAGAGUCUCACAGAUACAGCAAGGGUGCUGUCCAGCAUGACAAAUGCAAUCUUGGCUCGAGUUUAUAAGCAUAACGAUCUGGACCUAAUGACGAAAGAAGCCACGAUCCCAAUAAUCAAUGGGUUGUCUGAUUUAUACCAUCCUCUCCAGAUUUUAGCUGAUUACCUAACUCUUCAGGAGCACUAUGGCGGGCUGAACGGGCUCACUAUCACCUGGAUUGGGGAUGGAAACAAUGUCCUCCACUCCAUCAUGAUGAGUGCUGCAAAGCUGGGAAUGCACCUGCGUGUUGCGACUCCCAAGGGCUUUGAACCAGACCUCAGAAUAACUAAAAUAACUGAACAGUACUCCAAAGAGUAUGGUACCAAGUUACUUCUCACAACAGAUCCUUUGGAAGCUGCAGACGGUGCCAAUGUCUUAGUUACAGAUACAUGGAUAAGUAUGGGACAAGAAGAGGAAAAGAAAGAAAGACUAAAGGCAUUUCAAGGUUAUCAGAUUACAAUGCAGACUGCAAAAUCUGCUGCUUCCAACUGGACUUUUUUACAUUGUUUACCCAGAAAACCUGAAGAAGUUGAUGAUGAAGUAUUUUAUUCUCCACAGUCACUGGUUUUCCAGGAGGCUGAAAACAGAAAAUGGACAAUUAUGGCUGUCAUGGUUUCCCUGCUGACAGAUUACUCACCACAGCUACAAAAGCCUACAUUUUGA